AUGGAUCCUCACGGAUUAAGUUUACGAGUCAAGUUCAAGUCUAGUGGAGACCACCUUCCAGGGAACGAAACUGCCAAUGAUGGUUCCCCCCAACCUGAGAAACAGACAGAGACCCAAUCAAGGGGACCAAGGCCAGACACACCUCCACCGAGUGACAAGGCCUCUACCUCUCAAGUGAUUGAAGAAGCAAUUUCGCGCUUAGCAAAGGGAGUCCCUUUGGUUGGCAAGUACGACACCAGUAAGAAGACCACACUGGAGUUGGGUAAAUGGGGAUUGAGUAAAGAGUUAAUUUAUAAGAUUGUAGCAGCUAAUCCACAUCAUCACAUCAGAUAUUGCUGCUCGCCUGUAAGACCUCCGGGGCAUACAAUAGGCUAG